UGAGGCAAAGCAGAAAUUGGCAACUGUUAGUAUUUCCAGGAGUCAUGCACAACAGAAUGAUGCGUAAAGGGAAAAAGAAAAGCGCUGCUUUUUACUUGGCUGCAGCUGUUCUGACGUGUUAUUUGGCGCAAACGAUAGACUGUUAUCGACUAAGAAAAACGAAAACACGAGGAUGGCAAAAAGAAGCUGAUGCAGCCAAAACAAUUGAUGUCCAAGACGGGGAAAUUGUCUUCGGGAGAGGCUUUGAGAAAGGGUCGGUCGUCGACGGAACCAAGAAGACGUCCUCGAACGCUUCUGUGGAGGAUGAAGCUGCUUAUCAAGCGGACUAUGCAGGCUGGUCGAAAGGACAAGCGCAAGAUGCCAGUUCAAAAGAGGCCAGUUCAAAAGAGGCAGCAUGGAAGCACAUGUCGCCCACCCUGCAGUGUGGUGGGGACCAGUUAAAGUUCAGAGUGGUGGGACCAGGAGACUCGCAGUUUGCAGUGGAACAAGGAAAUGCACCUCCGAUGCCUCUGUCCCAAGUCCCUUCCACAUGUGGCUACGGCAUAAACAGGAACUCUCUUUGGCUUAUCAUGUCGGUCCCCUAUAAUGGCUGCAACAUAGUUCAAGAGGGUGGAAGUUAUGUGCUCCCAAUGCGUUGGCAGGGAAUACCAGUCUCACUGUCUUGUCCAAAGCCUGCAGCACCUGCCCCACAAAACCAACAACCUCAGAAACCCUGGUACCUGCCAUCAAUCCCCCACAUGCCCGAGGGGCAUAAGAACCCAGAUAAUUCACGUUACUUUUCACACUACAUGCAGUUUCCCAAAUACCCAACAGUACCGGAUCACUAUCAUCAGCAUCCAUUUAUGGCUCCCCAUCCACUCCCAAAACCAGAAACGACAACACCAACUAAACUGGAGCCACAGAAGUUCCCAUAUAUGGAUCACUAUCAUCAGCAUCCAUUUAUGGCUCCCCAUCCACUCCCAAAACCAGAAACGACAACACCAACUAAACCGGAGCCACAGCAGUUUCCACAUAUGGAUCACUAUCAUCAGCAUCCAUCCCCAUUCCCAAAACCAGAAACGACAACACCAACUGGAUCACUAUCAUCAGCAUCCAUUUAUGGCUCCCCAUCCACUCCCAAAACCAGAAACGACAACACCAACUAA